UAUGGCUUCAUCAGACAAGAAUAGGUCUCAGUUUAUAUGAUGUGGCAGGACAGGGCUACCUCAGAGAAUCAGAUUUAGAAAACUAUAUUUUGGAACUCAUCCCUACUUUGCCACAACUGGAUGGUUUAGAAAAAUCUUUUUACUCCUUCUAUGUCUGCACAGCAGUUAGAAAGUUCUUCUUCUUUCUGGAUCCUCUCAGAACAGGGAAGAUAAAGAUACAGGAUAUUUUAGCUUGCAGCUUCCUGGAUGACUUACUGGAGUUAAGGGAUGAAGAACUUUCUAAAGAAAGUCAGGAAACAAAUUGGUUUUCUGCUCCUUCUGCAUUAAGAGUUUAUGGCCAGUACUUAAACCUUGAUAAAGAUCACAAUGGCAUGCUCAGCAAAGAAGAACUAUCCCGGUAUGGAACAGGGACUCUGACCAAUAUAUUUUUGGAUCGCGUCUUUCAGGAAUGCUUAACUUAUGAUGGUGAAAUGGACUAUAAGACCUACCUGGACUUUGUGCUUGCAUUAGAAAACAGAAAGGAGCCUGCAGCUCUGCAAUAUAUUUUCAAACUGCUUGAUAUAGAGAACAAAGGAUACCUGAAUGUCUUUUCCCUUAAUUAUUUCUUUAGGGCUAUUCAGGAACAAAUGAAAAUCCAUGGACAAGAACCAGUUUCUUUUCAGGAUGUCAAGGAUGAAAUCUUUGAUAUGGUGAAGCCUAAGGAUCCUUACAAAAUCUCCCUUCAAGACUUAAUCAAUAGCAGCCAAGGCGACACUGUUACCAGCAUUCUCAUUGAUCUGAAUGGGUUCUGGACGUACGAGAACAGAGAGGUCCUUGUGGCAAGUGAUAAUGACAGCGCUGCUGAUGUUGAUGAUACGUGACUUUUGAACAGGAGCAGUCUGUAUGCAUAGAGAUAUCUCAGUCUGAUGCGCCAACUGUUGGAAGCUGGAAACAUUCAUUAUCUGAAUGAAUACCUCUUCCAUUUUACUUCCCUCCCCUUGGCCCUGCAUAUAAUAUGAAAUGUGGUACAUACAGGAAUCGCAGAACUAAUUUCUGAAACCAAAAAAGCAAGUGUUGUUUAACAGUUAAAGUUAUCUUUUUUUUUAAUAAAUAUUUUUGGACUUU